CUGGUCCUCAGCCGGGGAGGGACUUAACAGCUGGACCUGCUCUAUAUCUGACAAGACACAACUGAGCACCUCUGAGAUGUUGGGAUGUCUCCAACCAGCUGAGAUCAAACACUGACCAGCGCUGAGUUUCAUUCCAAGACACUCGGGGACGGAGUUGGAAAGCCCGGAAGUUCACACCGUAAAAGCUCGAACACCUUUGGUCUUUGUUCAGGAUUUUGGAACGACCGGAAGGAUCUGAAGCUGCCCACGGAGUCAUAUCACAUCUGAAAGCACUCUAGGUCAAGAUGCUUUCCAACGGUCAUGACACGGGGGCCAAGCAAAAUGGCUGCACAGAAGUCCACGGACCUGUGGCUGGCAUAUUUCUGGAGAAGUCAAAGGAAAAGAUGACAAUAUAUCAAGCAAUGAAAAAACGUUUGCUUAAGCCAGGAACAGCCUUGGCGCUGCUUGAAGCGCAAGCCGCCACAGGAGGCAUCGUAGACCCAAUAAACAACAGAAUACUUCCCAUUGCAGACGCUGUUAAAGAGGGAAUAGUUGGGCCAGAGAUGAAAGAGAAACUCCUCACAGCAGAGAAAGCCAUCAGUGGGUACGUAGACCCCUACACCAACCAAAUGAUAUCUGUAUUCCAAGCGAUCCAGAAAGAUUUAGUCCCAAGAGAUUACGGAUUGAGGCUGUUAGAGGCACAGAUAGCCACGCGAGGCCUGUUUGAUCCUGUUGAGAAAACAAAUCUGUCGGUUGAAUCUGCGAUUCAGAAAGGUUACUAUGAGAAAGGUUUGCUCAAUGACCAGAUGUCAGAACUCAAAGUGUUCUACAAUCCAAGCUUACAAGAAAAUCUGAGCUACCGACACCUUGUGGAGAACUGCACUGUGGAGCCGGACACAGGCCUUCUGCUACUUCCUGUUUGCAUCACCUUCAAAGGUCUGCGAAGAGGUAUUUCCUCCACUGAACUCCUCGAAUCAAAGAUCAUUGACAAACAAACAUAUGAUGAUCUACAGAAGGGGAAGACGACAACACAGGAUGUAAUGCUGAUGGAGACAGUGAAAGAAUACCUGGAAGGCAAAGGCAGCAUCGCAGGUAUUGCCGUGCUGUCGUCCAGCAAGAGAAUGAGCAUUUAUCAAGCCAUGAAGCAAAGAAUACUGAUGCCUGGAACAGCACUGGUUCUACUGGAGGCACAAGCUGCUACUGGGUUCAUGAUUGAUCCAGUGGAAAAUAAAAGGUUUACUGUGGAUGAAGCUGUCAAGAACAAGCUUGUUGGCCCAGAAUAUCAUGCCAAGCUGCGUUCUGCUGAGCGAGCAGUGACUGGGUACAAAGACCCAUAUUCAGGUGAAACAAUAUCCCUGUUUCAAGCACUGUCAAAAGACCUCAUUGUUCAGGAACACGGGAUCCGUCUUCUCGAAGCACAAAUUGCUACAGGUGGAAUAAUAGACCCAGUCAACAGUCACAGACUUCCCACAGAAGUGGCCUUCAAGAGAGGUUACUUCAAUGAAGAGAUGAACGCCAUACUAAACGAUUCAGGCGAUGACACAAAGGGGUUUUUCGACCCAAACACAGAAGACAAUCUAACCUAUCUUGAGUUGAUGGAACGGUGCGUCACUGAUCCUUCGACUGGGCUGUGCCUCCUCCCUCUCACUGAUAAGUCAGACAGGCGGAAUUUCAGCUUCAUUGAUUACCAAACUAAGGAGGCUUUCCUACAGGAGAAGGUCAAGGUGAUGUCUGGAAAGUACAUUGGAUUGACAGUCUCUCUGUGGGAACUGCUGAUGUCCGAAUACUUUGAUGAAAACCAGAGGACAGAGAUCUUUCAAAAAUACAGAGAAGGGAAACUCAGUAUCAAGGUGAUCGUUACAACAGUUCUGGAAGUGAUAGAAAAGUCUGUGAAAACAACUGAAGUCGUCUUUGAGGGUAUUAGAGAAACGGUUACAGCCAAACAGCUCGUGGAGGCAGAUAUCAUCAGUGAGACAGUUCUGGAGGACCUGAAAAAGGGAAAAACCUCUGUGAAAAAAGUGAUAGAAGAUGAAAAUCUUAACAUGUACUUAAAGGGGAAGGGCUGCAUUGCAGGCAUUCUGCUUCCUGAUUCUCGAAUCAUGACCAUCUACCAGGCCAGGCAGAAAGGAAAGCUGAUGCCAGGAACUGCUCUGAUUCUACUGGAGGCACAGGCAGCAACCGGGUUCAUCAUUGACCCUAUUGGAAACAGAAAAUUUUCAGUCGAUGAUGCCGUUAAAGCAAAGAUUGUUGGCCCUGACGUCUGUCAAAAGUUGCGUUCAGCAGAGAGAGCGGUCAUCGGAUACAAAGAUCCAUAUGAUGGCAAAAUAAUCUCUUUGUUCCAAGCAAUGCAAAAAGACCUCAUCCUGAAGGAUCAUGGAAUUCGACUCCUAGAGGCACAGAUCGCCACCGGCGGAAUCAUCGACCCAGUAAACAGCCAUCGCAUUCCUGUCCAUGUGGCCUAUAAGAGGGAGUACUUUAAUGAAGAAAUGAAUCAGAUCCUGGAUGAUCCAAGUGACGACACCAAGGGAUUCUUUGAUCCUAACACCCUUGAAAACCUGACAUACCUACAGCUCAUGGAGAGAUGCGUGACAGAUCCCAGUACAGGCCUGUGCCUCUUGCCUCUUAAAAGCAAGAGCAAAAAAAUCAACAUAGAUGAUCACAUGAGGGAAACAUUCCAAACAACAACAGUUACUGUCAAGUAUGGCAGAUUCAAGGGCAAGCACACAACACUGUGGGAUCUUAUCAAUUCAGAGUAUCUGUCUGAGGACAAACGACAGGAGUUUUUCAAACUCUUCAAGUCAAGGAAAAUCACAAUUGAGCAACUAAUUGUCGCCAUUGUAGAGAUUGUUGAGAGCAAGGAGAUAAAACAGCAAGCAGGGCUGAACUUUGAAGGCCUCAGAGGAGAAGUCUCUGUUGUGGAUCUUUUGGACCUUGGAAUUGUGGAUGAAAAAACGUACAACUGUUUGGUCGAUGGAAAGAUGACAAGCACCGAAGUGAUGAAAAUUGACAGUGUGAGAACUUACUUACAAGGGACAAGCUGUGUAGCUGGAUUGAUACUACAACCCUCCAAUCAGAAACUUAGCAUCUACGAGGGACAAAGAGCUGGCAUUCUUACACCUGGCACUGCCCUUUGCCUCCUUGAAGCACAAGCGGCUACAGGGUUCAUUGUUGAUCCUGUGAAUAACAAAAAACUCACAGUGGAACAAGCUCUUAGAGAAAAGGUCAUUGGUCCACAGAUGUACGAGAAGCUUCUGUCUGCAGAGAGGGCUGUCACUGGUUACACAGAUCCAUACACAGGUCAAAAGAUCUCACUUUUCCAAGCUUUGACAAAGGAUCUUAUCGUCAGGCAGCAUGGCAUCCGUCUACUUGAGGCGCAGAUUGCAACAGGUGGUAUCAUUGAUCCCUUGAAGUGCCUUCACUUACCCCUUGAGGUUGCAUACAGGAAAGGAUAUUUUGAUGCAGAACUUAAUCAAAUCCUGACAGACCCAACUGAUGACACAAAGGGCUUUUUUGACCCAAAGACAAAAGAGAAUCUGACAUACAUGGACAUGUUGGGCAGAUGUGUGAAAGAUAAGGAAACUGGACUGUGUCUCCUGACAUUGAAUGACAAACCAAAGGCUUCAGCAACAAAGGAAAAAACCUACACUGACACAGAGAUAAAGCAAGAGUUAGAAAAAACAACUGUGAACAUAUCUGUAGGAUGCUAUUCAGGAAAAUCUAUUUCUUUGUGGGAGUUGAUCCACUCUCGAUACUUCACUGAUGAUCAGCGGCUUGACUUCAUUGAAAAAUACAGAACAAGGCAGAUCACCACACAAACCAUAAUCACAGUAGUGAUGACCACGGUUGAAAAACUGGAGAGUGACACUCCCAAAAUGAUAAUGGGCCUGAGAAAGCAAGUCUCUGCACAGCAACUACUGGAUUGUGAUAUCAUUGAUGCAGAAACAUUCAAGCAGGUGAAAGAUGGAAAACUCACCACAGAAACAGUAACCAAAGGUGAAUCUGUGACAGGAUACCUGAAAGGAACCAGAAGCAUUGCUGGAAUUAAAGUUCACCCAUCCCAGAAAGUAAUGAGCAUAUAUGAAGCAAAAAAGGAAGAUCUGUUGACACCUGGCAUUGCACUUGUGCUGCUGGAAGCACAGGCUGCAACAGGAUGGGUCAUCGAUCCUGUCAAAAACAAGUUCUAUGCUGUUGAUGAGGCUGCAAAAGAGAGAGUAAUUGGACCAGAUGUACAUGAGCAACUUCUCUUAGCCGAACGAGCUGUCACUGGCUAUAAAGAUCCAUACACAGACGCAACAAUAUCACUCUUUGAAGCCAUGAAUGAACAGCUGAUACAAAGAAACAAUGGCCUUCGGCUUCUUGAGGCACAAAUGGCAACCGGAGGCAUCGUUGAUCCAAAUCAGAGCCACAGGUUACCGGUUCAUGUUGCUAUUAAAAAGGGGUAUCUGAAUGAAGAAGUUCACAAACUCUUGUUGAACCCCACUGACGAGGCAAAGGGAUUCUUCGACCCAAACACCAAAGAAAACCUCUCUUACCUUCAGCUGAUCAAUCGAUGUGAGAAAGAUCCUACAACUGGGCUGCUUCUCCUACCACUGCAUACAGAGGAAUCUCAUGUAUUUCACACAGAUGAACAAAUCGAACUUGCACUGAAAAACAAAACUAUCACCAUGAAUGCAGGGAAAUUUAAAAACAAAGAUAUGACAGUGUGGGAAGUGCUACUCUCUGAAUACAUAUCAGAACAAAAAAGGGAGCAGCUCAUACAACAAUACAGAACUGGAGCCAUGAAAAUAGAGGAGAUCAUUGAAAUACUGACAGUCAUUGUUACAGAGGUGUCAUCCAAAGAAAGAAAGUUCAAAGGACUAAGAAAGCAGGUCUCAGCCAGUGAGUUAUUUGAGUCAAAAAUUAUCUCAAAGGAGCUUUUUACCCAAAUUGUACAAGGAGAAGUGACUGAAGAAAAUGCUGGCAAGAUGGAACAAAUUCAGAAAUACCUUGGAGCUACAAACUGUAUAGCAGGUGUCAGAGUUGAAUCUACAAAGAAGGUAAUGAGCAUCUACGAAGCCAAAAGCAAAAAUCUCCUGACUCCCGGAACCUCUCUGAUUCUGCUGGAGGCCCAAGCUGCCACCGGCUUUGUCAUCGACCCGGUGAAGAACAAGAAGCUUUCUGUGGAGGAAGCUGUGGCUCAACGAGUGGUUGGCAGUGAGUGGAAAAACAAACUUCUAACAGUUUCGCUGUGGGAUCUGCUCUACUCCAAAUACAUCAGUGAGGAGAAGAGAAGGGAGCUUGUUCAACAGUACAAGGCUGGAACAAUCACAGUAGAACGAUUUUUGGAGAUCAUCCUGACCAUCAUUCAGCAGCACACAACAACAACCUCAUCAUCAUCAGUUGUCAAAUGUCCACCUCCUGUAACAACUGUGGACAGCAGCUCAACUAAAACUACCAUCACUACAACCACCACAGAGACCACCAAAGUGGACAACUUCCAUGGAAUCAGAAAAGAUGUCACUGCUACUGAGCUGCUGGAAUCAAAAAUCAUUGAUGAGAGCCUCUACAAAGACCUUACAGCUGGAAGAGUCACAGUGACAGAAGUCAGUGAAAUGAACUCAGUGCGCAAGUACCUUGAAGGAACCAACAGCAUUGCAGGAGUGUACCUUCAGUCCACCAAGGAGACUCUGAGUAUCUAUGAGGCCAAAAGCCGAAGUCUGCUGACUCCCGGUACCUCUCUGGUUCUGCUGGAGGCCCAAGCUGCCACCGGCUUUGUCAUCGAUCCGGUGAGGAACAAGAAGCUUUCUGUGGAGGAAGCUGUGGCUCAACGAGUGGUUGGCAGUGAGUGGAAAAACAAACUUCUGUCAGCAGAAAGAGCCGUUACAGGCUAUAAAGAUCCCUACACUGGAAACACAAUCUCUCUGUUCCAGGCCUUGCAGAAGGACCUUAUUGUGAAAGAUCAUGGAAUUCGUCUCCUUGAAGCCCAGAUUGCCACAGGAGGCAUCAUUGACCCAGUUCACAGUCACAGAGUUCCUGUACAGGUGGCGUACCAGAGAGGUUACUUUGAUGAAGGAAUGAAUCAGAUUUUAUCUGACGCUGAUGACGACACCAAGGGCUUCUUUGACCCCAACACUCAGGAGAACCUCACCUAUCUCAAGUUGGUUGAGAGAUGUAUCACAGAUCCCAUCACAGGCCUUAGCCUACUCCCAUUGAACAAGUGAAGUCUCUAUUAUUCUAAUUACCUUAGUUAUUUGUGCUUUUUGCUCUUAGCUAAAAAAUGCUUUUUCAAGUUCUUAAAGAAAUCUGUAGCGGAAAAUGCACAUGGUGAGCAAAAAAUUAAUUAUUGCAAACUUUCUCUGUAAAUAUAUGUCAAUCAGUGGAUAUUUGGUUAAAAUGUAAAGCCAAAAUGCACGAGUCAUUACACUGAAACACCAAACUAAAAUUCAGUCAUUAUUUAUCCCAAAAUGAAUGAACUGCAAAUCUUUCACAAAAUUUUGACUGUUAAAGAAAAUUUACACAAAGGAACUGAAAUGCUAUCAGAUGAUUGAGAUGCCAGAUGUUUGCUGUGAAGAACACCUAUACUGGUAUUUUACAGUUUAAGUCAAAAUAUAAGUGACAUAGCGCUCUCAGUCUGUUUGUUCUUACCUUAUUCUGAUCUUUGACAACACUCACAGUCUGAAUUUGUCAAAAUUGUUUUUCCUGAUUUAAUGUUGUUUCAUGCUAUUGUAGAAUCUGGAUUUGGUUGUUUUUACACUGUAUCUGUAACUGGAUUGGGUUCAGCUGAACCUGCUGUUAAGGUUUGAGGCUGGACAGAUAAAUGCUUUAUUUUUGGGCUAAUGGUCUUUCUUACUGAAAUCUGUUGUUUCAUAAGUAAGUCAAAUGUGAAUGUAGUUUAAUUGGGCCCUCUUUGACCAUUACUGGAACACAGUCAAGCUGAUUUUUCUUUUCUUUCUCUGCCAUGGAGCUUAAUAAAAAAUGUGAGAUGAAUAUAA